CGUGUCAUCAAAGCAGUUAAAGCUUUCCCAAGAAACUCUCUUUCUUUCUCUUUCUCUCUCUCUCUCUCUUUCUCUCUUGUUAGUUUGUCAAGAAAUAAAGAAAAAGAAAGAAGAAAUCUUGAAAGAAACAGGCAUUAACUAGCAAAAACAGGACGAUCAGCCAUUUGGGGUUUCCAUUAUUACACUUUUCUUCAUUGCUUCUAUACAGAUUGAUUCGAUAUUAGCAACGGAUUAAUGCGAAGAAGACGACCUAUUUUUUCUUGAUUCUUGAAAGGCUGACAAUGACAAUGGUUGCCUACUUGCCUCAGAUCCCUGGAGCCCAGAUUUCACGUGUUCCAAGAUUGAAAAGUCGGUGAAGAUUUAGAUAAAAGGAUUCAAUGGAAGAAAUGUCUCCCCCUACCUCGAUUACAUUCAACUUAACAAAUCCCAUUUCCGAAAACACCCUCGCAAAUCAUGCGGAUUUCACUCGGGUCAAACUACUUACUGGAACAGCAAGCUUGUUAUCCAAGAAUUGUGAUAUCGCAAAUCAAGAAACAGAUGCUGAUGAAAUCAUGUCAAUUGACGAUUCCAUUGAUGCAAAUUCAGCAAGUUUACCGAUUCCGAUUGCUGUUGCAAUCGAGGGAAUGGAAAAUGAUCAAGUAGUAGCGAAAGUAAUUAGCUUAGGAAAAGAAACAAUAGAAAUUGAGAAUGAAACUACUCUAACCCCAUCUCUAAUGGCGCUUGUUGAAAAGAAUCAAAGUAAAGGAAUCAAAAGUGUUUUUGAAUUGGAAUACAUUCCACUGUGGGGUCUCCAUUCCGUUUGUGGUAAAAGACCGGAAAUGGAAGAUUCCGUUGCGGUUGUUCCUCGUUUCAUGGAAGUUCCCAUCAAGAUGUUUGUCGGGGACCAUGUAAUUGAUGGCAUGAGUUCAAAUUUGACCGAUUUGACCUCCCAUUUCUUCGGGGUAUACGAUGGGCAUGGGGGCUCUCAGGUUGCUGAUUAUUGUCAUGACCGUAUACAUCUUGCUUUAGAGGAGGAACUAAAACUUGUUGCACAAGAAACCUUCAACGACACGUUACAGGUUCAGUGGGAGAAAGUGUUUACAAAUUGUUUCCAAAAGGUUGAUGAUGAAGUUGGCGGGAGAGUUAGCCGCAAAACCCCGGAAUCGGAAUCACUAAUUCCAGAACCAGUGGCACCGGAAACCGUUGGUUCAACUGCUGUGGUUGCAGUAAUUUGUUCUUCACAUAUUAUAAUUGCAAACUGUGGUGAUUCAAGAGCCGUUCUUUAUCGUGGGAAAGAAGCCAUUGCUUUAUCAAAUGAUCAUAAACCAAAUCGGGAAGAUGAAUAUGCAAGAAUUGAGGCGGCUGGUGGGAAAGUCAUACAAUGGAAUGGGCAUCGUGUUUUUGGUGUUCUUGCAAUGUCGCGAUCUAUUGGUGAUGGGUAUUUGAAACCAUGGAUAAUACCCGAACCAGAAGUCACAUUUACAGCACGUGCUAGAGAAGAUGAGUGCCUUGUUUUAGCUAGUGAUGGUUUAUGGGAUGUGAUGUCUAAUGAAGAAGUAUGUGAAAUUGCUAGAAAACGCAUUCUUAUUUGGCAUAAAAAGAAUGGUGGGACCACAACUGAUAGGGGAACGUGUACGGGUGUGGGACCCGAUCCUGCAGCACAAGCAGCAGCCGAUUAUCUAGUAAUGCUUGCUCUCCAAAAAGGAACCAAAGAUAACAUAUCUGUCAUUGUUGUAGACUUGAAAACUCAAAGAAAGUUCAAGACUAAAUCUUAAGUGUUUCACUUGUCUGGUUUAUUGACCCUAGAAUGUAUUAUUACAACGAUUCUUAAACAAUAGAAUCAGAUUAUUAUUUUAAGAGUAAUUUACAGAAAUGGUCCCUGUGUUUGUUACAUAA